AAAACUUAAAUUCUUUUUUUGGAAGAUUUGACAUCAAAAACUUGAAAUUAUAAUUUUAUGGUCAAAACUACUUAUUUGGGCCAAUUUUUUUUAUUUUUUUUAAAUAAAAAUUCCCCAAAAGAGAAGCAAAAAGAAAAAAAAAAAUCCUUAAACCUUUUCAAGAACAAAAACCUUCAAAUCUGAAACUCAGAAUCAAAACUAGCUUAUGGCCACUUCAAGAAAUUUUUUCUCUCUUUUCCAAAAACCCAAAGUGAUUCCAUUUGAGUUCUUGGGUCAGCAGCAAUCUUCAGCUUUGUUGUCUACUCACAUUGUUGGUGACACCCCAAUUCUUGUUAGAGAUUUCAUUCACAAGGCAUUGUAUGAUCCAAAUGUCGGGUAUUUCUCCCAGAAAUCAACGUCAGUUGGAGUGCUUGAUAGUAGCAUUAAGUUCAAUCGGCUUGAAGGUAGGAAAGCAUACAUGAAGCAUUUGGAUAAGAUUUACCAGCAGAGUGAUGUAUCAUGGUUUACUCCAGUGGAGCUUUUUAAGCCCUGGUAUGCACAUGGGAUAGCUGAAUCCAUUUUGCGUACUACAAACCUAUCUGUGCCACUAAAAAUAUAUGAAAUAGGCGGUGGAUCAGGAACCUGUGCGAAAGGCAUCCUGGAUUACAUAAAGUUAAAUGCACCUACAAGAGUUUAUGAUAAUAUCAGUUACACUUCAGUUGAAAUCAGUUCCUCACUUGCAGCAAAGCAGAUUGAAACUGUUGGUGAAGUCGAUAGUCACUUAUCGAAGUUUAGAGUAGAGCGCCGUGAUGCUACCGACAGGAAUGGAUGGGGGGAUGUGGAUGAACAGCCUUGUUGGGUUAUCAUGCUAGAGGUGCUUGACAAUCUUCCUCAUGAUCUCAUUUACGCUGAGAAUCAAACGUCUCCAUGGAUGGAAGUGUGGGUUGAAAGAAAACAAGGGGAAAAACUCUCAGAGUUGUAUAGGCCAAUUGAAGACUCGUUAAUCAAAUCUUGCAUGGAGAUCAUAGAUAUGCCUGAUGCUACAACUAGUUCAGCCAUGAAAAAUAUUUGGGCAAAAGUCUUUCCGAAGCCAAGAUGGUGUUGGCUUCCCACUGGUUGCAUGAAACUUCUAGAAGUUUUACACGGAGCUUUACCGAAGAUGUCUUUAAUCGCUUCCGAUUUCAGUUAUCUACCUGAUGUUAAAAUUCCUGGUGAAAGAGCUCCACUUGUUUCAACCAAGAAAGAUGGAAGCAGCUCUGAUUACAACAGUUAUUUGGAUGCAAAGGGGGACGCCGACAUAUUCUUUCCAACAGAUUUUUCGCUCCUGGAACGGAUGGAUCAUUACUGCUCUGGAUGGAUGAAGCAGCAAAAAGAUGGCGAGCCAUUGAAGCGGGGAAAAAAAAGACGUACUCUAUCGCUCGACACAGCAGCAUUUAUGGAAGAAUUUGGUCUCCCAACAAAGACGAGAACUAAAGAUGGAUAUAACCCUCUGCUUGACGACUUCAAAAACACCAAAUUUUAUUUGAGCGUUCCCACACACAACGUCAAAUAGACACUUCUAUAGAAAUGUCGUUCAAGGAAGCUCGUAACACAAGUGUAGAGAGGACACUUCUCAUCGUGACUUGAAUUGAUGAAACAUAUUGUUCAACCUUCAGUUCAGCAGCCGGAACAGUUUUUGAAGACGCUGGAGAUAACAGAGUUGUCGAUGUUCUUCUAUAGCAAAUGAUACCGGGGUAGCCGUCUGGGGGAGUUUGUUUGAUCAGAUUAAGAAUGUUUGUGAUUCUUGGCUACGAACGUGUUAACAAUGAGUAUCAAGAGUGGUAGAAGAGAUUGAUGAUAUAUAUUUUUCACUCUUUAGAGUUCAACAAGAGAAUUCACUUUCAUAGCAGUUAAAAUAUAGCACUGGCAAAUGCCAAACGUGUUUCUGUUUUUCUUUUUCUUUUCUGUUCUGUGCACUUCUUUAAAUGGUCAUAUUUACAGGAAAUAAUGAGAAUCUACUGUUUUAUA